AUGGGUGAAGAGAAUCAGGCACAGGAGAAAGAAGCGCUUCUUGCUCGACCGUCAUCGCGCCAGAAGUUCGCUUCUGAUCACGAUAUAGUGCUGCUCAAGGCCAUGAACACCGUCCGUCCCUGGACCGCUGCAGUUGGGACGUCGAAGGGCAUCAUGAAAGUCUUCGAUGACAUCGCUAUUCAUUGUCGUUAG